AUGUCGCGCGGGGCGGGCUUCCUGCGGCCCGGAACGCAGGAGGCGAGCGCGUUCGGUAUAUCAUUCGACGUAGAUCGCGACACCGCGGACGCAGACGUAGGAAGCCGCGUGUUCAACCGUUCCGAGGGCCUAGAGAUCAGCGAGCAGCGCCGCAGACUGCCCAUCUACCGGUACAAGCGCGAGCUGCUGUACCUCCUCGAGGAGCACCAGUGCGUCGUCGUCGUCGGAGAGACCGGCAGCGGCAAGACGACGCAGAUUCUGCAGUUUCUCGAUGACGCGGGCUGGACGGCGGGCGGGCGGCUCGUCGCGUGCACGCAGCCGCGCCGCGUGGCCGCGAUGUCCGUCGCGCGCCGCGUGGCCGAGGAGAUGGGCUGCCGGCUCGGCGGCCCCGUCGGAUACUCGAUCCGAUUUGAGGACGUAUGUACGCCCGGGGAGACGAGACUGCGGUUCUGCACGGACGGCGUGCUGCUGCGCGAGAUGCUCGACGACCCGCUGCUGUCGAAGUACAGCGUCGUGAUGGUCGACGAGGCGCACGAGCGGUCGAUUGCCACCGACGUGCUGCUGGGGCUGCUGCGCAAGGUGCUGAGGCGGCGGCCGGAGCUGCGGGUCAUCGUGUCGUCCGCGACGAUCGAUGCAGGGCUGUUCAUGGAGUUCUUCGCGCUGCCGGACCCCGAGCGGGACGUCCAGAAGGCGCACAGCCAGACCGAACGCCUCCGGGGGCGUCCCGCGGCGCUGAGCGUGGAGGGGCGGCUGUACCCGGUCCAGGUGCACUACCUGCGCGAGCCGGCGUCGGACUUCGUGCGGGAGGCCGUCGAGACCGUGCUGCGGAUACACAGGGAGGGGACUCCCGGGGAUGUGUUGGUGUUCCUGACUGGACAGGAGGACUGCGAGGCUGCGGUCAGCAUGGCGAUCGACUCGGCGCGCCGCCUGCACAACCGCGUGUCGAGCCUGCAGCUCAUGCCCGUCGCGCUGUACGCGGGCCUGCCGUGGCAGGCGCAGGUGAGGGUGUUCGAGGACACCCCCCGGGGAAAGCGCAAGGUCGUCUUUUCUACCAACAUCGCCGAGACGUCCGUCACGAUCGAAGGCGUCACCUUCGUCGUCGACUGCUGCUUCUCCAAGCAGCGCGUCUACGACCCCCUCGCCGGCCUCGAGUCCCUCCUCACCGCCCCCAUCUCCAAACAAAGCGCCGUGCAGCGCGCCGGCCGCGCCGGACGCCUGCGGCCGGGGCACUGCUUCCGGCUGUGCACCGAGGACGCCUUCCGCGACCUCCUGCCGCCGCAGUCCGUCCCGGAGAUGCAGCGGUCGGAACUGUCCUCCACCGUCCUUCAAUUAAAGGCUCUGGGUGUGGACUCCAUCAUGUCGUUCGCGUGGCUCUCGCCCCCGCCGUCGGAGUGCAUGGUGCGGGCGCUCGAGUCGCUCUUCGCGCUCGGCGCGCUCGACCGCGACGCGCACGUCACCAGUCCGCUGGGGGCCGCGAUGUCGGAGCUGCCGACGGUGCCGGCGCUGGCCCGGGCGCUGUGCGCGGCCUCGGAGCUCGGGUGCGGCGAGGAGGUCGUGACGAUCGCCGCGGUGCUGAGCGUGCACUCCCCCUGGAUGUCCGCGCGCGCCGUCGGGCAGCGCGCCCUCGAGGAAGCCCGCGCGAAGUUCUGGGUGGCAGAGGGGGACUUGAUUACCCACCUGAACGUGUGGGAGGGUUGGAACAAGUCCGGGCGGUCCGCGAAGUGGUCGCACAGGAACUGCAUCAACCACAAGGCGAUGCUGCGCGUGUCGGAUAUUCGCGCGCAGCUCUGUGCGCACAUGCGGCGGCUGGGGUUGAGGGUUGCGACGAGCGAGGGCGGGGUCGACGUGGUCCUGCGGGCGCUCGUGGCGGGGUUCUUCAUGAGCGCGGCGGUGCUCACGACGGACGGGGGCAGCGCGCUGCAGCAGGAGGCCGGGGCAGGGUACCGGCUGGUGCGGUCGCGGGCGCGCACGGCGGCGGGCGACGACCCGCCCGUGCUGCGCAUCGGCCCGGCGUCCGUGCUGUUCCGCUGCCGGCCGGAGUGGGUGGUGUUCGCGACCGUCGCGCAGGGUCCCGAGGGGGUCUUCGACAUGCAGGACGUCGCCGCUGUCGACCCCAGGUGGCUCACGGAGGCUGCGCCGCACUUCUUCCGCACUGCCAAGGUGCAGCCUGGGGACGGAAUGUGA